GAGUCCCGCCCCUCUUAGUACAUUUGAACACACGAGAGAGUGUGUCAGUCUCAGCCUCCUCUGAGAUUUGGGGAUUUCUGCUACAGGUCUGCGCUGUGAUUGGCUCCCUGGGAUUAUUGCUCUCUGCCUGGCUGUGGACGUGAAUCCUUCCUGAGGAAUAGCAGCAGCUGAGAUACCAGUAGAAGAGACGGGGACUUUACAGCUGGGUGAGCAGAAUUUAGGGUGACCAGCGACAGUUGCUCCAUUUCCUGAUACAAUGGUCAGUGCCUCAAUGAGGAACCUGACAUAUAUGUAUGUCUUACUGACUGGCGCCUUUCUCCUGGGAUUUUUUACUAACCAUCUCAACCCUGCGUUGAAUCGCUGGAGACCUCCGUGUAUCUGCUGUGAUCGUAGACUGACCGCUGAUACCAUUACCCCACUGCGAGACAACCGGACAUUUAUCAUAGCUCCAUAUAUCGACACUCGAAUACAGAAACGCGCAGUCCGUAUCCUCAGCAUUAUUCACCAUAAAGAGGUAAAGGAGCUAUACUGCUGGUUUUGCUGCACCGUAAACAAAUCUGUGGAGGUUUCCCGGGCUCAAAUAGAUAUACUCGGUGACCGGUUCGGCUUUCCCUAUGGUACAACGAACCUGGUCUGUAUGGAACCACCAGACUGCCAUGCCAAGUACCUAUCUGUCCAUACGUCUCCUACAGGAAACAUGAUGCAAUUACCCUUGUUCCGAAUACAAAAUCAGGACAGGUCCGCCAACUUCACAGUCUGCAUUUCCACCAUGUAUGGGAAUUACAGUAACGUCUUACAGUUCAUACAGACCAUGGAGAUGUACCGGAUAUUGGGGGCCCAGCGGGUCACCAUCUACCUUAAUAACUGCAGCACACAGGUGGAAAAACUUUUGCAAUACUAUGUAGCAGAAGGCUUUGUAGAACUGAUACCAUGGCCAAUCGAACAAUACUUGACCGUGGCACGAAGAUGGCACCAUUCCAUGGAGGCCAAAGAUAUUGGGUAUUAUGGCCAAAUGGCAACACUCAAUGACUGUAUCUAUCGGAACAUGUACAGGAGUAUGUAUGUGCUGCUUAAUGAUAUGGAUGAAAUAAUUCUGCCAAUCAAACACCGGACGUGGGACAGCCUGAUGGAAAGUCUCCAGCAACAGAACCCAGACGUUGGGGUUUUUAUCUUUGAAAAUCGCAUUUUCCCUCGGACCGUGGCCACUGACGGAAACUUCUCCAACACUUCAUCUUGGAAGAGUUUGCCGGGAUUCAAUAUACUUCAGCACGUUCACCGUGAGCCAGAAAGACCGGGCCAUUUCAAUCCCCGGAAAAUGAUUGUGGAUCCUAGGAAGGUUUAUCAAACAUCUGUGCACAAUGUUCUAAAAUCUAUUGGGGGUUCUAAAAGAGUCUCAGUGGAGACAGCCCUGCUUUACCAUUGCAGAGACCCCCACCAGAACAAUUUACCUAAGACAUCUUUAAUAGAAGAUAAAACUCUUUGGAGAUACAAUGCUUCAUUGAUUACAAAUGUUAACAUGGUCCUGAGUCAAGUAGAUCUACAGUCAUAAGAACCCGAGGGUCAUUAAUGUCAGAUUAUUCUUUCCACAUCUACAGAUCCCAGCCACAGUAUCUAUAACUAGAUAAAUAAGUUAUAGAUACUGUGGCCGGGAUGCAGGGCCGGUUCGAGGGCCCUCGGCGCCCCGGGCAAGGAAUGGGGGUGUGGCUUAAUACAGGGGGCAUGGUCAGUUACGCUCCCUGUACAGUAGAAGCACCGCUUAAAUGCUGAGCGGUGCGCGAUGACGUCAUCGCGCACCGCAC